AUGGGCAAGCACAGACUCGACGACGGAACCUCCGCAAAACACGAAAAGAAGCGACAGAAGAAAGAUCGCAAAGAAGCCCUCAAGUACGAAGACAUUACACCCGAAUCCACCGACAUCACCGCCGAGAGCACACCUGCACCAGGCGAGCAAGACGAGGAAAAUGGCAAAUACAAGCAGAGUCCAGCUCUUACAGGUUUACCACAAGCCGACGUAGAUAACUACUUGAAGGCAGAGAACGUUCAGAUCACAGACCCUCAGAGCACGUCCUUACGACCUAUCUUGCAGUUCAGCCACCUCCCAGCCGAGAUCACCACGCUCUUCUCCUCGUUCCUAUCGCAAUUCGAAAAACCUUCUUCUAUCCAAUCUUCUGCCUGGCCGUUCUUGCUCUCUGGGCGAGACGUAGUAGGAAUUGCAGAGACAGGAUCUGGCAAAACUCUAGCUUUCGGCUUGCCACUUAUACAAUGUCUUACCAGUCUCAAGAAAAAGAAGGGUAUUCGCGCCGUCGUCGUAGCGCCUACUCGCGAACUUGCUAUUCAGGUGUUCGAGCAGAUCGACAAACUCAGCCAGGCGUCCUCGUCCUCGAAGCUGAAAGCGACUUGCGUUUAUGGCGGAACCAACAAAGAUGAGCAGCGCAGGAACCUGAAAGGUUGCAAUAUCAUAGUCGCUACACCUGGUCGGCUAAAAGAUUUCAUGAGCGACGGCACAAUAGACGUGAGCAAGACUCGCUAUCUUGUUCUCGACGAGGCAGAUCGCAUGCUCGAUAAAGGUUUCGAGGACGAUAUCAAGCACAUAAUUUCCUCUAUGCCUUCUAGUUCGAAGCGUCAAACAGCAAUGUUUACAGCCACUUGGCCUAGAUCGAUUCGCGAACUAGCAAGUACCUUCAUGUCAGAUCCAGUACGUAUCACGAUCGGACGUGGUGGUCCAGCUGCCUCAGCCGACGAUGAGAACGAGGAUGACCACGGCGAAUUGAGGGCAAAUCCACGUAUCAAGCAGACCGUCGAAGUCAUGGACGGAUACGAUAAGACCGGUCGUCUUCUGCAAAUACUGAGAAAACAACCGAAAGACGACAAGAUACUAGUCUUUGCACUAUACAAGAAAGAAGCCUCGAGGCUCGAAGAGCUCAUCCGCCGUAAUGGCUACGCAGUCGCCGGAAUCCACGGUGAUCUCGCUCAAGCAGCUCGAGAGCGGUCCUUAGCCGCAUUCAAGUCUGGCAGCAGCACGAUUCUCGUCGCUACCGAUGUCGCUGCUCGUGGUCUUGACAUACCCAAUGUCAAGCUCGUUCUCAACGUAACUUUCCCACUCACGGCCGAAGACUACGUCCACAGAAUAGGCCGAACGGGACGUGCAGGUAAAGACGGCACAGCGAUCACGUUCUUCACAGAGCAGGACAAACAGCUCGCGGGUGGUUUGGUGAAUGUACUGAAGGGAGCCGGACAACCUGUUCCAGACGAUUUGUUGAAGUUUGGUACGACAGUAAAGAAGAAGCAGCAUGAGGCUUAUGGUGCUUUUGGUCCGAAAGAGGGGAUGGAAGGAAGAAAGAGUACGAAAGUAACUUUUGAUGACUGA